GGGGAGGUGACUGUCCUUUGCAAGGCUCUGUGGGGGAGGGGAAGGAGGGGUUUCCUGUAGAUUAGCCCUUGAUACUACAGAAAGCCUAGUGAGCCACUGGUGAGACUUCACCUUCCUUUGAGCUGCAUAAGAGGCUGGGAUCACUGCUGCACUUGCCACUCACCGCUCUUCCCCUGAUUCCAGCUGUGUCUCAGUACCUGUCUGUAUCACCCGUAAACUUCUUCACUGCCACUGCCUUCUGCACGGACCAAGAUCCACUGGAAGUGGAAUCCUACCAAAAUGACAGACAACCAGUCAGACAUCAGUAUUCAAAUGUCAAGUACAAAUGGCCUCCCCAGCAGAAAAGAGUCCUCUCAAGACCCAUCAGUCAGCAGAGGAACCACUGUGACCUUUCACAACAUCUGCUACAGAGUGGAGGUGAAGAGUGGCUUCAUAUGUUGCCGAAAAACGACCGAUAAAGAAAUUUUGAAAGAUAUCAAUGGGGUUAUGAGACCAGGACUGAAUGCAAUUCUGGGACCCACUGGAAGUGGCAAAUCUUCGCUAUUGGAUAUCUUAGCUGCAAGGAAAGAUCCUCAUGGGCUGUCUGGAGAUGUUUUGAUAAACGGAGCUCCUCAGCCUGCCAACUUUAAAUGUAUCUCUGGAUACGUGGUACAGGAUGAUGUGGUGAUGGGAACCCUAACAGUGAGAGAAAAUUUGCAGUUUUCAGCAGCACUCCGGCUACCCACAUCUGUGAAGGAACGGGAAAAGAAGGAACGAAUUGACCAGAUCAUCAAGGAACUGGGUUUGGCCAAAGUGGCAGAUUCCAAGGUUGGCACCCAGUUCAUUCGUGGGGUUUCUGGGGGAGAGAGAAAACGGACCAAUAUUGGAAUGGAACUCAUUACUGACCCCGCAGUCUUGUUCUUAGAUGAACCAACUACUGGAUUAGAUGCCAGCACUGCCAAUGCUGUCUUGCUGCUCCUGAAAAGGAUGUCGAAGCAGGGGAAAACAAUAAUAUUUUCCAUUCAUCAGCCCCGGUACUCCAUAUUCAGAUUGUUUGACAACCUGACAUUAUUGGCUGCAGGAAGAAUGCUGUACCAUGGCCCUGCUCAGAAUGCCAUUGAAUACUUCAAGUCUAUUGGUUAUGAAUGUGAGCCAUACAACAAUCCUGCUGAUUUUUUUCUGGAUGUCAUUAAUGGAGACUCAACUGCUGUGGUAUCAAGCAAGGCUGAUGUUGAUCUAGAUAACAUUGAAGAACACAUCAACCGUGAUAAGACUUUGGCAGAGAACUUAGCAGAGCACUAUUCCAGUUCCACCUACUACAGAGAAACAAAAGCAGUAUUACAGAACUUUUCUUUGGAGAAUAAAAAGAAAGUGAAGACAAUUUUCAGACAAAUUACGUAUACCACUUCCUUCUUUCAUCAGCUCAAGUGGGUGUCGAAACGCACAUUUAAAAACUUGAUAGGCAACCCUCAAGCCUCCGUAGCUCAGCUGUGUGUUACAAUUUUCCUGGGACUAGUUGUAGGUGCCAUUUUCUUUGGGAUAAAAGAUGAUCUUACCGGUGUGCAAAACAGAAUUGGAGCAAUGUUCUUCGUGACCACCAACCAGUGUUUCAGCAGCAUUUCAGCUAUUGAACUUUUUAUUGUGGAAAAAAAGAUAUUUAUACAUGAAUAUAUCAGUGGGUACUACAGAGUGUCUGCAUACUUCAUCUCAAAGCUAAUGGCUGAUCUAAUACCAAUGAGGACUUUACCAAGCAUCAUCUUCACCUGUAUAAUUUAUUUCAUGUUAGGUUUGAAGCCAAGAGCAGAUGCCUUCUUUAUAAUGAUGUUUACUGUUAUGAUGGUAUCCUACACGGCCACUGCUAUGGCUCUAGCGAUUGCAACAGGACAGAAUGUAGUGGCUGUAGCUAAUCUACUCAUGACCAUCUCGUUUGUUUUUAUGAUUAUUUUCUCUGGGUUGUUGGUAAAUCUUACAAGCAUCAUGUCUUGGCUUUCCUGGCUGCAGUAUUUCAGCAUCCCUCGAUAUGGCAUGACAGCUUUGCAAAUUAAUGAAUUUACUGAUCUGAAAUUUUGCUCUGGUAUCACUAAUACAAGUCAGACUGAUACGAACUGCACACAGGUUAGCCAACCGUAUUGUACCGGAGAAGAAUAUUUGAAAAACCAAGGCAUUGAGGCAACUUCCUGGGGCCUGUGGCAGAAUCAUGUGGCUCUUGCAUGCAUGACAUUAAUUUUCCUUACAAUUAGUUAUCUGAAACUGCGCUUCAUGAAAAAGUUAUCUUAAAACAAAAAAGUGUAAAUAAACUGUAAUUCACACUGUUUGGAUAGUUUUAUAAGUUAGAAAACUGACUUGAUUUUUUGUUAAUAGUACUCUUUUGUAUCUUAUCUCUUGCCUCAAAAUUUAACAAAGUUAACAAAAAUCUUCAGCAAUACUAAAUAUUCAUUGAAAUGCACUUUUUGGAAAUUUACAGUAUGCCUGAAUUUUCUUUAUGGUCAUGAAAUGUACAUAUGAGUAUUUUCUUUAUGGUCAUGAAAUGUACAUAUGAGUAUUCAUCUCUUCAUUAGACCAAUUGUAAAGGCAAUUUUUUACUACGUGCUAUUUGUUAAAAUAUAGAACAAUUAUGAAGUGGUAAUAAUUAAUGGCUCCAUCCACAAAGAAAAAGGUUCCAUGGUUGGACUUAUUUUCUUAAUUUUGCACAUCCAGAGUGAUACUCUGACCCCCCCAAAAAUAUCUAUUUUUAAGGUCCUGGAACACUAAUUUAAUAUUUUAAUCUCUCCUAUUUCCCUCCUCCACACACACUCCACCACAUUGUAGUCAUCAUAUUUGCCAUGGGCCAGAUUUUGCCUGGCCCUUAUAUGGUUGCAUAGUCGGUGGUGAGGUGGGGAAGGCUAAGAAGCUGCCAACCUUUGUGUAGUCUGCAUAAGAACUAGGAAGAAUUGUAGCCCCUGUGGUUAGUUGGGGCAUGCUGGGAGUGUCUUACUCCUUGGGGUGCAGUGCCACAAAAGGAGAAGCAGGCAGAAGGUGAGGUUAUGGCUUUGCCCCAUCUCUCACAUCUGCUCACUGGUCAGAUGUAAAAUCGGUUUGCAUGGCUUCGGUAAUGUGGAAAUAUUUAUUGCUGAAUACAAACCUUAACUAUCAUGCAUGGGAAAAUGUGCAUUAAAAUAUACAUGCCAAAUAUAAUGUAUGUUUUCUUUGCACAGUGUUUCAGUUAGGAACACAGAAAUUACCAUGCAGCAACAGACCAGUAAUCUACUUUGGUGUCCUAUCUCCACUGUGAGAUUUUUUUAAAGUAAUAAUUUUUUGGUUAUUUUUAUUUGUCUUCUGGUUUCUGAGCUCUUAGGGUGAAUUUGUUUCAUGUUUUCAAGCUUUAUUCUGUAACCAUGUGGGCUACAAACUUCUUUGAAGUGAGAGCUGAGAUUCUCAUGUAAUCUCUUGAUUCCAGCUAUUGAGGGUUUAAGGAAAACACUAAGCAUCGCCAGACUCAUGAUCAAAUAGUGCGAACUGGCAACACUGCCUUAAUAACAUACUACAGCUGUAAUACAUUAACAUGUAGUCUCUACAAGUAAAUAAAUUAUCACUUUAUGUUGCAUUUUAAAUUUCCUUAUGCGAAGUACCUCCUGUUUUUGUGUUAUCUGAAGGGGAAGAUAGAUGUACCCUAAAGAUAUUCUCCAUUCUGUUAAUUUAUAUAACUCUGUUGUAUUUAUUCCUACUCUCCUUGAAUGGAAGGCUUCUCAGCUCCUGUGCAACAAAUUAUCUUUGCUGUCCUUAGGAUUUUUUCUGUUGCAGCUAUAGUGUGUCUUUUUAAUGUGGUGACCAAAAAUAAAUGUGUUAUUCAAAGGACGUACUAUCUGGUUAUGAUGGUAUUAUAAUGCUUUCUGUAUUCCAUUAUCCAUUUUAGCAGAGCCUAACAUCUUAACAUUUUUUCCAUUGUUGCACCUCUUCAGUGAGCUGCCUUCAAUGAUUCUUAUAUAUUUUUCCCGUGGUAACAAUUCAAACUCUGUCACUAUGUAUGUGAAGUUCCCUCCAGUAUGCAUUACUGCCCUUGUCCAUACUGAAUUUUAUUUAACAUUGUGUGGCCCAAUUACUUAAGUGUGUUAGGUCCUUCUGAAAUUGAACACAUUCCUCUCUAGUCUUGACUAAUUUAAAUAAUUUCCUGUCAGCCACAAAUUUUACUGUCUCAACAUUUACACUCUUCUAGAUCAUCCAUAAAUAAACUGAACAUCACCAGUCCUGCUACUAACCCAUUUUCUCUGUGAAAUUUGUAAUAUGAAAUAAAAUGUGUUAAUAAGUAACAAAAGCAUGUAAAAAGAACCCAAUUCCGCAGCCCUUAGUGUUCAAUUGAGGUCAGUAGGGCUGCAGGAUUGUGCCCAAAUAUAUGUGGGAGUAGUUUUACUUUGGUUUUCAUUAUCACUGAUGUGAACACGUCUUUCUCAAUGGUGGACAGAAAAGGUUGUGUCUGGGGCUUGAGAACAUAUGCAUUGUCAUUAGUGAAGCAUCAGUAAAACACUUUUUUUUAAAAACUAAAGAGCCCUUUUAUAUGCAUGUGGGUUGUAAUACACUGCAGCAUGGUUUUCCCUGAAGUCCUAAAAGCUGGUAUCCCACCAUUUUUAAUUUUCUUCUCCAUGUAUUUUCUUUACCGAAAUCCUCCCUCCUCUCUAUUUUAGGUUACUAGCAAAAUAAAUCAGGUAAGCUGUAGUUUUAAAAUUUCCAAAUGUUUCAGACCUUUGUUGUUUACAUUAAUUCUAUUUAUAUCGUAGCUACUGCAGUUUCCUAAAAUCAUGGGGAGAAACCCAGUUAACGUGUGAAUUCAAACCAUAGUGAUGUAACAGAUAAAAUAUAAUUACUGUGUAUUUUCUACCAAGGCAUUUAUCAAAAGUAUGAAGCCAUGUUUCAUAACUGAUUUUAUAACAUGGUUCUUAAUAGUGUCUGAUGGAUGCUGGUACAGUGAUGGUUCCUCACUGUGCCACUAUCCAAUAUACUGACAUUCUGACUAGCAUAGAGAUCAUGCCUGUUUACUUCAUUCAAUCACAGCAAGUCACCCCUGGAAAGUACAGUCUUUUAGAAACACAUUUGUGCAUCUGUGAAUAAGCUGGUUUCUGAAUGGUUGAAAUUUUAUUUUUAACCUUUUCGGGACAUAAUGGUCAGUCACACAGCAAUGUGAGUGGCUGACACAAAUUUUUGAGUGGUAGAACUGAUUGUUAGUUAUUCAUAUUAUGUAUGUUUGUUCCAUUAAUUAAAAUAUAAAAUGUACCUCUUAACAGUCAUUGAACUGAUUCCAAUAAUACUAUGUACUAUUUGAUUAUUGUCUUUCCUUCUGACCUGUCACAAAAUAAGCUGUUUUGUCACAAUCUCCAGUGAGAUAUCUGAACUGUACAGUAUAUGCAAAUGAUAUAUUCCUGUAUAACAGAAGCAAAUUUGUAUGUAACAUUGAUAUUUAUUAUGCAAACCUUCUAAAAAUCAUCUAUCACAGGCAAGGUAAAUGACCAUCAAAGUAGCCAAUAGCUCACCAGAGCCAUGGCCUUAAAAUCAACAGGUUCCUAAGCAAAUGGUUUGUACCAUGCUCACAAAU